AUGUAUUAACAUGAAGAAGAAGUUAAAUAAGGUGGACUCAAAAUUAUGAGAAAGAUAUAUGUAAAUGGUGAUGAUUAAAGUAAGAAAAUUGAUGAAAUAACUAUUCAUCCAAAUGGAAGGAGAUCUAGUAUUGUAAUGAAAUAAUAUAAAGAUAAAACAGAAGCUGUUUAUAAUGAUGAAUUUGGAGAUGAAAUUUAAGUUACUAAAUAUACAUAUAUAAAUGAAAAGGGUUUAUAAGUUGAAUGUCAAAGAAAAAUGAAUAUGAGAACUAAAGAAGUAUAAAUGUAAAAGACUUUUAAAAAUGAAGAUGGUAAAUAAACUAUUGAAACUACUAUAACUUUAGAUGGAUUAGAAAUAGGAAAAUAAAUUAUUAUUUAAAUAGGACCUAAUGAAAGAAUUGAAAAAAUAACAAAAAAUGGUAAGACAAUUGAAUAAAAGGUUAUAAUUGAUGAAUAAGGAUAAGAAUCUAUUCAUAUGAUUGAUCAUGAAAAUAAUAUGAAAAUUUAAACAACUAAUUUUACUAAGAAUUCUGUUGAAUAUUAAUAAUAAACAAUUAAUUUAUCUAAUGGUGCUAAAAGACAUAUACAUUAAAGAUCAUAUUUUGAUGAAAAUAAUGAAAAGAUAAUUGAAGAAGAUAGAGUUGAUGAAUUUGGAUAAAGGAUUAUAAUUAAAAAGAGAAUUAAUGCUUUAGGUGAAGAGAUCAUUUAAGAAUUUGAAGUUGUAGAAAAUGAUGGAUUUAAUCCUGAAUUAAGAUAAAUUAGAUAAUCAUAAAAAAGAUUACCUCGUGCAGAAAUAUAAUCUGUUAUUGUUAUAGAUAUAGGAAUAUAAACAGAAGGUUAAAUUCCAUUAUUUACACAAACUUAAGAGUAAUUUUAAUAAAAGAAAUAGAAUACAUAAAUUAUUAUUGAUAAACCUGAUUUUAAUGAAUUAGACAAAGAAGCUUUUAAAAAAUUAUAAUAAGGUAAAUCCAAAAAUGAUCCAUAAUUUUAAGAGGCAGUCAAUUAAAUUAAAAAAUACUUUAAUAAAGGAGAUGGAGAAGAAUUAAAAUAAGAAGAAUUUAAUGAAUAUUUAUUAAAGUUGAGAUAAAAUCAUUAAAGAUAAUGUGGUGAAUAAUGUUCUCAUUUAUUGAGAUUUUAUGCUAAAUUAGGUUUCUUGAUAUAAAAAUCAGCUUUGAAUAGACAAGUUUAUAAAUUACAAAAAGUAUAACUGUAGGCUAAAGAAUCACUUUGA